CUGUGGCGUAGACAAUAUUUUAUCGGAACACAAAUAAAAUAAACGAAAAAAAUUAGGAGAUAAUUAUAUUUUCAUAAUGUCUAGCAAAAAUGACACUCUUGUCGACGAAGAUGUCGACUAUCAAACAGUUUCAACUGGUCAUUCCAUUAGUAUUGAACGUCCAGAGCGUCUACAUGAAUGGCUUAAAGCGGAAGAUAUUGAAUAUAUAAGGCACAAAUUCAUCUCUCAUCCAUUACAAAAGCUCAACCUAAAAGAAUUGCGAGAAGUUUUUGACAAUCUCAGUAUAAAAUUCACCGACAUUGAAUAUAACCGUCUCUUCCUUAAAAUCAAUCAGAAUCGUGACUUUCUGUGCGAUUGGAAUGAACUCAUUUCAUAUUUGAUAUUUGGCUUUCAAGAAGACGACCCCAGCACCCAGAAAGAAGCGCUCAUAUUACCAAUAUCGACAGCACCAAUAGUUAAAAAGUCCGAGCAUCGUUCACCAAUUUGUUCCAUAAGUUUAUUGCGCGUGCAAGCCGAUGAUGUCGAUGAGGAAGAUAUUGGCAAGCAAUUAAAUGGAGCGUUGGAAGAUUCUCCCGAGGCAUGUGGCAUGUGGAUAACAGCCAGUCGUGAGGGACAAGUACGCUUUUGGUCUAAUACGCUUGAGCCGCUACGUACAGGUGUCUCCACUAGUAUCAAUCUCAAAAUGGCUACAUGGAUACUGCAAGUACAAGCGCUCUCCGACGUAAGUAUCGUUUGUACCUCUUCUACUGAACGCGAGCUACGUUUUCACGAGACAGUAGCCUCUACCUUUACUCUGCGCAUUGUUAUUCGGAGUUUACCAUUUGCCGUAUGCAGCAUGUCCUACAGUUUCCAUCCGAAAGGGAAGACUAAUUCGCGACUGGUACUCGGUGAUUUCGGUGGUAAUGUAAGAAUUUUGGAAUUUACACCAUUUCUUCGUGGACCAUUUCAGAGUAAACCCGGCGCUGCGCUCGUUGAGCUGUUCUGGUCCGACGUUCUUAAAGGUAAAUUACCUUUAAUGAGCGUUCGUGAAUAUCCAAAUAUCCACAGUGAGCUUAUACAACAUAUCUACUUUUCGAUUCGCAUGAAUUCACUGCUCGUGGCUGCAGAAUAUCGCAAUGCAAAGAAAUAUCGCGCACGCUGUCCGGGUUUAAUUAUAGCUUCCGGUGAAGAUAAAACCUACUUCCGCAUACCAAUGGGCGUUUCAACAUUUUUUGUUGCUGAAAAAAAUAACAUCGUUGUCACUGGUGGUCCUGAUACCUUUGUGCGUGUCUGGGAUGUGUACAUUUCAAGUAAACCAUCCGGUAUACUGACCGGUCAUAAUGGCGGUAUUGUUUAUAUCUUCGUACAAGCCGAGGAGAAAAAAAUUUAUAGCGUCGAUUAUCACAAAAUUAUAAAAAUCUGGCACAUGACUGAGUACACAUUACUGCAGACUUUUGGCGAUUUAGUACGCAUUUUGGCUUCUGAAACAGAUUUGAGUUACUUGUAUCAUCCAUUGUCACGUGAUUUGCUCGUUGGUGGUCGUAAGCUUAUUAGUAUAAAAUGUUGUGCACGCAUUCGGGUGGAUCUUACCGAUGGUAAUACACAUGCUGCACCCGUUUCCGUAGUACUAUAUAAUGGACUGUUUCGCAAUGUGGUCACUUGUGGCUUAGAUAGUUAUAUAAUAGUGUGGGAUCCAUGGACCGGACGUCGUAAAAUUAUUAUGAAGAGCUGUCACACGAAAAUGGAAUAUGGCGAAACAAUUGACAUUGAAAUUACGGCAGCAUGUUUUGAUCCCUUGGAGCAAUUUCUACUGACCGGAGCACGUGAUGGUUCCUUGAAAAUAUGGAAUUAUAAUAAUGCAGUCUGCAUGCGUAAUAUGAGCAUAAAACCAGAACAUGAAGUUACGGCCGUUGUUUGGGUUGUUGAGAGGAUAUUAGCAGUUGGUUGGGAUCAACAAGUUACGGAAUUCAAUGAUGUUGAAGGACGAGAAUAUGGCGACCCAAAGAAAUGGACAAAAUUCCAUAAUGACGAUAUCACUUGUGCCGAUGUAAAGUUGGGUGAAGGUGUCGUAACAGCCACUUACUCCGGCGAGUUAAUAUUUUGGAAACUUGAAACCGGUCAACCAUAUCGUAGAUAUAGUGUUGCAGAUCCUUUGCGCUUCAUCGAGCUGAAACACAGAGAUUCCGAGGCAGAUGGAUCCGGUAGGCGUGUCUCACAACAUCUGAGCAUUUCACGUUAUGUGCGCAAAUCCAUUUCGGAAGGCAUACUGAAGAUCGAAACGCAAUUGAACAAGAGACCCACAUCAUUUGAACGGACCUUUUCAGAUGCCGAUAUUCGUGAUGAUUUGGCAUAUGCCGUGUCUUUGCGUUCUACCAGACCCGUGUCCGUGCAGGCUGUACUAUUUCUACAGACGCGUCCUAUGACAAAGGAGCAUGGUAGCGUUUUCGUCGCUCUCGACACGGGCGUAAUUCAGGUGUAUUCACAUCAUCAGCGCGGCGGUUAUCUCAAAGAGUUCAAUUCAAGUCACCGCACUGGAGACUGUGUUCUAACAAUGGCAACGGAUCGGAAGAAUCGUUAUCUCUUUACGGGCACAGCAUUUGGUUAUAUUAAGAUUUGGCAUAUUGUCAACUAUUGCAUACCGGAACGCGAGAAACAGCAUGUGUGUAUGCCACUACUACGCUUGCAAUUCAUAUUUUUGCGCAAGGAACGCUUUUUGACACGCUCGAAGCGCAUAGUUAGAAAUCAGCCGGAGCCAAUGCUGUUGAGUUCAUAUAAAGCACAUAUAAAAGCGGUCAAUUCGAUAGUCUAUAUAAAUACGCCAAAAAUAUUAUUAACCGGCAGUCACGACUGUUCAUGUCGCCUUUGGUCACUAGGCGGCCGCUAUCUGGGUACUUUGGGUACACCUCUACCUUGGCUUAAGUUGUCACCUUUUGAAUCUGUGGAGGAGGAUCAACGAUAUCGUAUGCCGCCUGAUAUUAAGAAGGUGGCAAGUUCCACAACGAUGAAGGUAAUCUCUGGCGUACAAGAGGACAAGCGACCUGUUCGUUACGAUCCAAAAGGUGCUGAAGAUGAAGAAGCUGUCGAAGCAGAGGCCACAGCGCGUAUGUAUGGCAAGCCGUUGAGAGAACCAAUACUUGGCAAAUAUUUCACUUUGCCCGGCAAAAGCGCUACAGAGCAACGCAUCGAUUUGGAUACAUCGCUCUCGUAUAUACCGGUAUUUUCACAUUUACGCAUACACGAAGCUGAUGAUAUUGAGCGCCCACCAACACCGCCGGCAAUACGCCGCAUAAAUAAUGAGGACUAUAUGGAAUUCUACGAUCCAAACAAGAAGGAGCGACCAGGACAAAAGAAAUGAGACUCUUGAGUAUUAUGUUUACAUGAAAAUAUAUAGCUGAUGAGCGGCGCAUUAGGAAUGAUUUUUUUCAGAUAUUUUAUAAAAUUUUAACGACUUCGAUUGGGUACGAACUAUUUUUAUGUUAUUUUAUACAAUAAAAAAAAAGAUAUUUAACUAAUUA